GUUCCAAAACUCCGUUCCAAGAACAGAGAUAGUGAAUAGCGUUGUCAACAGGUAGUGCGUGUGCCUUCACUGAAACUAUUUCCAAACUUCUUACAUGGUGUGGUUUACAAUAAUAAUUUUCCCAAAACUUUCAUGUCCCAGUGUUGAAGAAUUAUUAAACUGGAGGAGACCAGCUUUGGAAACCUAAUCGGAGAGGCAGAUAACGCUUCAAACAGCGGAGGCGGCGCUUACAAGCCAGUACCACCCCCGAAGCGGGUGCUGGUAGUGACGUCACCACCCCCGGAGGCAGCAACCUCCACCCCUCCACCACCCUACAGGAUGCCUCCCUACCCUCUGCACCCUCAAGCCGGAGUCGCCACACCCUACCAGCAACCCCCUAUCCCAGGAGCUGCCAUAGAUACCUCCCUACCUCCACAUCACAGCAAUUUACACACACAUUCCAGCAAGUUUCCUAUUGAACGUGAAGUCAUCCUAACUAGUGGUGAUAAAAACUCGAAAAUUCCAAUUCUGAACGAGUACAGAAAACGCUCGAAAGCUGCUGUGAUAGCACCUGAUGCCCCCAACAAACAACUAGCCUGGACUGAAGACAAAAAUAGGUGUGACCCUACAAUGCAAGGUAAUGCUUCUCAAGAGACAAUGCCUGUUCACCAAGUUUACAAGGCUCAGCCAAUGACGUUGCUCGACUCAAGCCAAAUGUCGGAGCCUUCUCCAAUCAGGCCGCAGGAUCAUAUGAAUGGAUAUUCGAGGUAAGAACAAUGGAAUCUA